AGUCACACCCUAGACUCAUUCACUCUCACUUGUCACCCAACCUCUCCAUGUCGGGUUCUCCGCGGCUUGUCGACUCUUUUACGGCUCCAAAGGAAAUUCUGCAGGAGUUCGCAGAUCUUGCGGAGGAGGAGAAUGUCGACCCUUUCGCGGAAACGGCUUCCAAGCGUCAAAUUGCUGCCCGUCAGUCUGACUACCACAACCGACGCUUCGACCGUGUCGGUGUUGCGAGCGGCGACGCGUUCGCUGAGGAUGGGGAGCAGACUGAGGGGGGCUACAAGGACGCUAUGCGACUCUCUCGGCUAGAGCAGGAAGAGUUGCGUGUGAAGAGGGCUAUCCAGGACAAGGAGCGGCAAGAGAGAGAGGAGGGCAAGCUGAAAAUGGACCUUGACAAGACGCCGCCUGCCUCGGAGCUCGACGAUGUUGCCAUGGAGCUUGCUGCUGCCAAGGAGCUUGCGACGGCCCAGCUGGAGUCGGGCAAACGCAAGCGGAGAUGGGACGCAGGACCUGCCGACGAAAACACCAACCCGGCCAAUACUGGUGAAUGGUCGAAUGAGUCCAUCGAAGAGUCUGCUCCCAAGAAGCGUCGCUCGCGAUGGGAUGAUACUGCCGGCCAAACUGCUACUGGAGAAACAUCGAAACGUUCUCGAUGGGACCAAACGCCCAUGGCAGCAAGCGGCGGUGUUGAGACACCCAUGGUUCCCAUCAUUAUGAAUGCGCCCGGAAUCAUGCAGGACGACAAACACAACCGAUACAUGACGGACGAAGAGCUCGAUUCGUUACUUCCCGCCACGGGAUAUCUGCUCGUCACCCCUCCCGCAGGCUACGCGCCCACCAUCGCACCCCGUCGCCUGAUGGCUACUCCAAUCGGCGACCAGUCUGGAUUCCACAUGCAGGAAGGCUCUGAUGCUGCCGCGGCUGCGGCUGCAGCGGGUUUAGCUCCUGAGCUCCCAACGGAAAUUCCCGGCGUGGGAAAUCUCGCGUUCUUCAAAGCCGAGGACGCUCAAUACUUUGCCAAAAUUCUAAAGGAAGAGGACGAGACCGAGCUUUCUGUUGAGGAGAUGAAGGAGCGUAAGAUCAUGCGCUUGCUUCUCAAAAUCAAGAACGGAACGCCUCCCGUCCGAAAGACAGCGCUGCGACAAAUCACCGACAAGGCUCGGGAGUUCGGUGCUGGCCCCCUCUUCGACAAGAUUCUCCCGCUCCUCAUGGAACGCACGCUGGAAGAUCAGGAACGACACUUGCUUGUCAAAGUCAUCGACCGGGUGCUUUACAAACUAGAUGACCUGGUCCGACCCUAUGUCCACAAGAUUCUCGUCGUCAUUGAGCCGCUGUUGAUCGACGAGGACUACUAUGCUCGUGUUGAAGGGCGCGAAAUCAUCUCCAAUCUGUCCAAAGCCGCUGGUCUGGCGCAUAUGAUUUCGACCAUGCGUCCGGACAUUGACCAUGCCGACGAGUACGUGCGAAACACUACUGCGCGAGCCUUCUCGGUCGUGGCCUCUGCUCUGGGUAUCCCGCAGCUGUUGCCUUUCCUCAAGGCUGUCUGUGGCUCCAAAAAGUCGUGGCAAGCUCGGCACACCGGUAUCCGUAUCGUGCAGCAGAUUGCCAUCAUGAUGGGAUGUGCUGUGCUGCCGCAUUUGCGCAAUCUUGUCGACUGUAUCGCCAGGGGCCUGUCUGACGAACAGCAGAAGGUCCGGACGAUGACAGCUCUGGGCCUGGCUGCGUUGGCAGAGGCUGCUGCACCUUAUGGCAUUGAAUCGUUUGACAACGUUCUCAAGCCGUUGUGGACGGGCAUUCGUCUGCACCGAGGCAAAGGUCUCGCUGCCUUCCUCAAGGCCAUCGGAUAUAUCAUCCCGUUGAUGGACCCCGAGUACGCAUCGUACUACACGAAGGAAGUCACCAUCAUCCUCAUUCGCGAGUUCCAGACGUCAGACGAAGAGAUGAAGAAGAUCGUGCUCAAAGUAGUUCAGCAGUGCGCUGCGACCGAGGGUGUCACACCAUCAUACAUCAAACACGACAUUCUCCCCGACUUUUUCCGCUCGUUCUGGGUCCGUCGGAUGGCGCUGGAUCGCAGAAACUAUCGCCAAGUUGUCGAGACCACCGUCGAGCUCGCCGAGAAAGCCGGCGUCGCCGAAAUCGUCGGCCGGAUCGUCAAUGAGCUUAAGGACGAAGCUGAGCCCUACCGAAAGAUGGUGAUGGAGACAAUCACCAAAGUGGUCGAGAAGCUGGGGGCGUCGGACAUUGACGAGCGACUGGAGGUCCGGCUCAUCGAUGGGAUCAUCUACUCGUUCCAGGAGCAGACCACUGAAGACCAAGUCAUGCUGGAUGGGUUCGGGACAGUCGUCAACGCCCUGGGCAUCCGUGUUAAGCCGUAUCUGACCCAGAUCGUGUCCACCAUCCUUUGGCGACUCAACAACAAGAGCGCCAAGGUCCGACAACAAGCUGCCGAUCUGACGACGCGUCUCGCCAUCGUCAUCAAACAGUGCGGCGAGGAUCAGUUACUGAGCAAACUCGGUCUCGUGCUCUUCGAACAACUUGGAGAGGAAUACCCCGACACGCUCGGCAGCAUCAUCGCAGCCGAAGGCGCCAUCGCGAAUGUUGUUGGUAUGACUCAAAUGAACCCGCCUGUGAAGGAUCUAUUGCCUCGAAUGACCCCUAUCUUGCGUAAUCGACACGAAAAAGUGCAAGAGGCCUCUAUCAAUCUGAUUGGUCGUAUCGCUGAUCGCGGUGCUGAAUUCGUUCCUGCUCGAGAAUGGAUGCGGAUCUGCUUUGAGCUGCUCGACCUGUUGAAAGCCCAUAAGAAGGGUAUCCGGCGAGCUGCAGUCAACUCCUUUGGGUACAUCGCGAAGAGUUUGGGUCCUCAGGACGUCCUCUCCGUGUUGCUGACCAAUCUGCGUGUCCAAGAACGUCAGAGUCGGGUCUGCAGUACCGUAGCCAUCGCUAUCGUUGCCGAAACAUGUGGUCCUUUCACGUGCAUUCCCGCCAUCCUGAAUGAAUACCGGACCGCAGAGCUGAAUGUCCGGACCGGCUGUUUGAAAGCGCUGUCUUUCGUGUUUGAGUAUGUGGGCCCGCAGUCAGCCUACUACUGUGACUCUGUCGUGACGAUGCUCGAGGACGCUUUAACCGACCGUGACUUGGUCCAUCGACAGACCGCCAGCACGAUCGUCAAGCAUCUCGCUCUCGGUGUCGCCGGCCUAGGCUGCGAAGAUUCCAUGCUGCAUCUGAUGAACCUCGUCUGGCCCAACUGCUUUGAGACCUCGCCCCACGUCAUUGGCGCUGUCAUGGAUGCCAUCGAGGCUAUGCGAGUCACGCUGGGCCCCGGGAUCCUACUCAGCUAUGUUCUGCAGGGUCUUUUCCAUCCCGCUCGCAAGGUCAGGGAGGUGUACUGGAGGAUUUACAACGCCUUGUACCUCGGCGCGGCCGAUGUCAUGGUCCCCUUUUUCCCCGAUCUCAGCGAGUUGAGCGAGGGAACUAACAGCUACGAUAAACACGCCUUACAAAUGUUCAUUUAAUCUGUAUAUGUAUCUUGUGCGGCUCCUUCAUUGUACAUACAAUGGUAUACAUGGUGCUUCUGAAUAU